AUGAAGCUCAUCCUGUCAACCUCGAACAUCAUGGGCGCUGGCUCGUCCAUACGCAGAUCGACUAAGAGCAAGAGCAACAGCGAGCUCAUAUCCUCGUUGCGAUCGAACUUCGAAGCGCAUUACACAACGACCAAUGGUCUCAGUAAUGGAGAUGCCAAGCCUGUGAAAGCGAACUACGAAGUCUGGACGAAUCGGAAAGAGAAUUGUCUGGAAGUACCUGCCUUGGAGUUCGCUGACUCGGCAUUGCAGGAGGAGAGAGAGCAAUAUGACAUCACGUCGAAGCUGUUCUACCUCCCAGGCGCGAAGAUCGCAGAGCGCGAGAAGCAGACUCGGGAGGCUCUGGAUCUGGUGCUGCAGGAUCUGCAUAUGCCGUCUGUGGACUUACUUAUAGUGUCCUUUCCUGGUAUCUACUUUGACGAAGAGGAGGACUGCCCGGACAAGAUCUCGACCCGUGGACCUGUCGAGUCGGAGCCAGAGACAAUGCAAUCACAAAUCGAGACCUGGAAAGUCCUUGAAAAGCUAUACGAGGAAGGACUAGUGAAGAAACUCGGUGUGGCAGAGCUCGGGCACGACAGGCUACUUUCCUUCCUAGACCGAACUCAAAUCAAACCAAGUGUCGACCAGAUCAAUCUCCGGGACUGCUGUUCAGUGCCGAAAGACCUGAUGGCAUUGGCCAAGAGCCGAAGCGUGGAGCUGCUGGUUCAUAAUGACUGCUCGAAUAUCCUUCCACGGGGUACUACUCGCGAAUUACUGGGACCCGGUGAAGGUGGAGCAGGUGUGUUGGCCGAGCCGACGAAGACUGGUGAUAAGAGAAAAAGUCUUCAUGGUGAGGAGAGCACAAAUGGGGAUGCUCCUGGUGGCGAUGCGCUGAGAGGAGAGGUGCAGCCGCAAUGGGUGGUGAAGUACACGGCUGUGGUCAAAAAUCGUGGUGUUGUGGAAAACAAGGGGUAUUUUGCUGUGGCGGAAGUUGUGGAGUGA